AUGGGGAACAUGGUUGAGCACCAUGACAAUGUUUCAGGUUAUUACCGUGAAUUCCUGGCUCCUACAGAUGCUGAAGCGGUAAUGGAGGAAGAAGAGGAACCACAUCUUCCACUAGACAUCAUCUACAAGAUCCCAGAAUACAUAUCCGAUCCAGUCCCACUAGCGCGUGUUGCUUCAUCCUCCAAGUUAUGGCGCUCAAUCAUAAAAGAGACUGCCUUUCUUGAUGGCCUCAUGACACGGCACCUCGACCAUGGUUUCACCUCGUCCCUCCUCCUUGGCUUCUUCUACCAGGACAGCGCCGAGGCUCCCGACCACUUGUGGCAGCAUCACAGGGACAAAAAUCGCUGUUUGGCACCGAGCUUCAUGCCCACAUCUGAAUUGUUACCAUUUGCUGGCUGCAAAGAGGGUUACAAUCCAACCAGUCCACUGUCCCUUGGCAACUUCAUUCAGGGUAUUAAUUCAAGCCUCAAUUUUUAUGAGCCUGUUGCAUCCCAAGACAGCUUCCUGGUCCUCUGCCAUCACUCGAAAGACGCCGAAGGUGAUCCCAAGCCAGAUGUGGUAUGCGUAUGCAAUCCUCUCACCGGUAAAGUGUUUCAUCUUCCUGGCCUUCCAUACAAGCCACCACACCACUAUGCUUUGCUUGUCACUGAUGAUAUCAACCUCGAUGGCCGGAUGGCCCAAUCCUUCCGACUGGUCGCCAUUUGGAACAUAGGAAAGAAGUUUAUCUAUGUGUACUACUGUUCAAAGAGUAGAGCAUGGUGGAGGCCUGCAGGCUUCCCUGAUCUAAUGGCUGGCCUGUUCCUAGUGUCAUCAUCCCCAGCUGCUGCUUCCCAUGGUGCCAUCCAUUGGAUCUGCGGGUGCUGGAAAAGCUUGGCGCCCAGUCAUGUUGUGACGCUACAUGUCGACGGGGAAGAGCUGUUAUACCUGGAGCUCCCAUCUGAAGCAAAGCGCAACAAGACACCGUUGCUGGCAAAUUCUGUGGAUGGGGGGCUUCUGUUGCUGCUCAUGAAAGGUCUUCACAUGUCGGUGUGGAAGCAUAAAGGUACUGGUACUGGCAAUUGGGUUCGUUCUGAGACGAUCAAUAUGACAAGUUCCUUGCCGAUGCGGGUGCUUAAGAUGCAUGCCAGCGCAAAGAUCAGAUUAGAGAUUUUCCGAGGGAAGAGUGGUGUGGUGGUGCUAUGGAUCGAGGGGGAAGGUCUCUUCACGUUCAGCCUUGGCGAUCGGUCAAUGAGGAAGAUUGACAACGAGCAUGUCACAAAGAAGUACCGGUUCUGCCCAUAUGAGAUUGAUUGGCUAUCCUGUCUUGCAGUCACAAACCUCGUCAGCGAUGGCUCGCUGUCGCUUGACACAGAAAGGGAAAAAGCUCAAUGCAGAUGGAGGUCUUUGUUGGCAAACAAUAUUCCGAAAAGCAGAUGA